AUGAGUAGGGCAAAGGUGGCGAGCAAAGGCAAAGGCCGUGCAAAGGCCCCGGAGUUGAGAUGCAUUGGAGCGGAACAUCGAGAUCUCCAGCAAAUCGAUCAGAGCCCCUGUGUUCUUUUUGCUGCGCAGAUUUUUCCAGGAAAAGGUGUUUUCGUUUCCUCUCCGCAGGUGGCAGGCUUUCGCCUGGUGCCGCCAAGUGCCGAGGGCCUGAAAGAAGCUCCCCUGACAAAGCUCAGAGAAGCAGUGAGCGAGGAGGCGACCUGCGUUUCCUUAGAAUGCCGAAGGUGGGAGCUGGAGCGCUUGCAGGCGCGGCCCACCUGGUGCUGUGCCUUGGCCUUCAGGCGACGAGGCCGGUGCGUGCUGGCACAUGCAGACGGCUUUGCGAAUCUGCGCGCGAAGCAGCGGUUUGGAUUGCGUACUCUUUGCCGCCUGCAUGGCUGCACCAAGCCACUGGUGGCAGCAGCUUUCCUGACCCUUGUUGACAAGGGCAAGGUGAAACUAACCGAUCCGAUCUCCAAAUACAUCAGCUUCUCCGAGGAGGUGAGUGUGAAACGUGGGAAGUCUCGACCGAAGCUCCGCAAAGUGAAGGUUCGACCCACCCUCCGGCACCUUCUCACCAUGACUGCCGGACUUCAAUAUCAGGACUGUCCAGCAUACGCCAAGGUCAUGAGGCGCAUCAAGCAGCAGCAGGUCAAGAGUCUGGCAUCGAUGUGUGAUGAGCUUGCGGCCCAGCCCCUGCAACGUGAGCCAGGGUCCUGCUAUACCUACAGCUUCUGCACGGACAUGAUCGGCAGAGUUUGCGAAGCCGUGAGUGGCAAGCGGCUGGACCAGUUCAUGAAGGCGGCCCUGCUGGCUCCACUGGGGAUGCGAGACACCUUCUUUCAAGUGCCCGCCAACAAGCGGAAGAGGGAAGCGGUUCUCUACGACUGCCAGCGUGGCAGCGGCGGAAUGUACGUGCCGAAGGUCUGGAGUCAGCCAGGCAAGGCCGUCCCUAUCAUGAGUGCUGGAGGAGGGAUCUUGAGCUACAAUGAUCCUGGGAUGUGGAGCACAGUGGAGGACUACACGAAGUUCUGUCAGAUGCUGCUCACUGGCAAGUCCCCGACAGGCGCCCAGAUCCUGCGGCCAGGCACCAUGAAGGCUCUCUGGUCCGACAGCCUGGCUGUGUACGGGCAGAAGGAUGGCCGGCUGCCUGGCUGGCACGACGCAGAUGGCAAGGCCAAGGGCGGAAUGUGGGACUAUACCGGCUGGUCCCUCCUGAACACCCAUCUCACCUUCAAGCAGAUGCCUUCCCCGAGCAAACGCGCCCGCGUGGGGCAGACCAUGUGGAUGGGUGGUGGGGGUGGCACCUUCUGGGUGGUGGACAAGAAGCACGAGACCGUCGCCAUCUCCUUCUCUCAGAGCUUCGGUGGCCGCCCUCAGACCGAUGCCGCGAAGGACGCGGCGGUCUUCCUUGAGGCGGCGCUGCAGUAG